AGCACUGCGCGCGCAGUUCGAAGCCCUCGCGGCCGGUGUGACAGCAAACCAUCCCGCUCGAGGAGCAACAACAACACAAACCAGAAUCUGCGAACGGCCACUGGAACGCCACGAGUCAACGAGCACCGCCCCCCCCCCCCCCCCCCUUUGCUGGGCUCAAAUUUCACUGCUGCAGACGGUUUACAGGUCCCAAGUAAUCGUUACGAAGUGCAAACCGCAUUCCGAACCAAUGUCUGAAGCUCUGAGGAAAGCAGAUUACCCGCGAAGUACGGUACAAAUUCAGGUUGCGCGGAGUCCACCGAAUUUAGGACCAGGAGGUCCCGCAGGCGGAACAGUACAGUACCAAGCUGUACCGAUACUGCAGAGUACGGCUCCGGACCAGAGUAAGGCGACACAGCAACAGCCAGUUCCAGUACAAGCAGCUGCUCCUAAACCCGAGCCAUUCACCGUGCAGCCAUCAAUUCCUCCACGUCCUGGAUGCUUGCCUCCGGGAGAUUUAAGCUUCUUGGAUGGUAUAAGUAGCCUAAUCAUCAACUCGGACCCAGAAAAAGGGCACGACAAAUCCGAAGAGUGGCUCGUCGUCUACAAUAGCGAUAUGGAAGAGACGUGCUACUUCAACAUCGAACAAGACCGCUGCGAAUACUGCAUGUGCAUAGGAAAUGCCAGUUGCGCACUGCGCGGCGUAGACACUCAGAAGAGACAAAUUUUAAAACUACAUCGACCGCUCCGAUGUCAGAGUGGAGUCCGAGGGUAUUGCAUCGGCUGGUGUGCAAGGCAGGAAAUGCACGUGAAAGACUCCUCUGACAAGGAUAUUGGUUUUGUGUUCGAGGACGCCACAUUGUGGGGUGUAUCACUGUCCAUCUGUGACGCAUCACGGAAGCCCGUCCUCAAGGUGCGGGGACCCUGCUCCAUCCCGGUUACUGUCAAGAACAUAACCUUCCAGGUGCAAAGUUUAAGCGGGAAGAAAGUAGGCUGCAUAGACCGACAGCUCGACACCGACACAAACACGGACGCAAUCGUGGUGUCAUUUCCAAAGGAAAUGAGCAGAAGCCAAAAGGCCUGUGUGCUUGCGGCUGCCUUGUUGCUGCGGGUCAUGGUGUGUGACGCAGGUCACUUAUCGUUGUGCCUUACUUGGGCGCUGCUCAUCAUCUGCUGUCCAGUCACUUGUAUCAUGGUCCAAAGACAGCAACAGAUGGAUGAAAGGCGACUUUUCGUGGAUAAGAUGGAAGGGAAGGCUAGAAAGCGUAAACCAAAGAACUGAAAAAAGUUCAGGUUCAAAGUUCAAUGUUCAAGCUUUGCUGUUUAAAAUACUAUCUUACAACUGA